AUGAGUUUAAAAAGUUUGAUAGCAUUUUCGAAAAAGGUGAAAAAGAGAUUGGUGAUUAGUGAGCUAGUAAGGCUACUGCAGCAGUACCAAGAUUUUUUGAAGGAAUUGUUGUGUCAGGAGAGUCAUGUGGGCAGACUUCUCAUUCAUCUCUCCAUUGACUUAUUGUGCUACAUGGAGAGCCCAGCUGGGAUGAAGUUAACUGAAUGUUUAUUAUUGGUUCUGUCUCUUCAAGGACCAAAUAAUUUCAGUUUGACUGCGCAUUGCAUAUCUGAAAAAUUAAGUGACACAAGUACUAAAGAUUGUGUUCCUCUAUAUGAUGCCUUGUCCCAAAUCAUUAGGAAAUUUCCAUGCUCCAUCAGUGAAGCUGUUGUUAAUAAUGGUGAUCUGAUGAACAGUCUUUCAAAUGCUCUGACAGUUCCAAACUACGACAUUCAAAUGAGUAGCAGUUAUGUCAUGGUGCAACUAAUCACCUCAUCAUCAUCAUCAUCGACGUCGUCAUCUUCUCUUUUGAAUUCCACUUUUUUGAAAAAAGUCGGACUGGAUGUGUUGCUGCUGUUGAAUACUUGUGAUCCAGACAAUGAACUUGCACUUAAUAUGCUAGGUUUACUGAAACUGUGCAUAUGUCACUCUGAUGAAGUGAGUGAGUGCAUCCUAAGAGUGAUGGAGCACGACGAAGGAAUGAAAGUGAUGAUGACGAUGAAGAAGAUGAUGAUUGUUAAGAAGAAUCCAAAACUAGUAGCAGCUGUAGUACAGUGUUUGAUGUCCAUGCUACGUGGUUCUUAUUUUGUGGAGUUUGCUCAGCAUAUGUUCAAAGCUGAUAUUGUUGGUAUGGAUACAAUUGCUAGAUGCAUCAAUGAUUCACUUGACGCCUUACACAUGCACUCAUUGAAUUAUGGCUUGGAGCUCAUUGUCAACAUCCUUAAAAAACAUCCAUCAGAAAGUAGUUUGAAAUUAUUCAACAAUGAUCAAAACCUCUACAUCAGCUGCAUCAACAUUGUCAGCAAACUUCUUGAGUUACAACACUUAGAUAUAAAUUUGUUGAACUUGGCUGGAAGCAUGCCAGACCACGUAAUAGAGCCACUGCCGUUGAAAGAAAUCAUAUCCACAUUUGAGUGCUGCAUAAAACUCAUGCACCAGAUAACUUCAACUAACAACAACAAAUUUGUGAACAUGAAUAAAGUGGAAAUAUUCAACAUAAUGGAAUCGAUGCUGAGUUUGUUAGCUCUAGCGUUUUGCAGACUUUUAUCUGCAGCUGUAUCAAACAAUUUACUGGAUGAUUCAGCUUUUUGCUUGACAUCUGAAGCUCCAGACACUAACAACAACAAAAGCAAUGACUAUGACAUUAGUGACGACAUCAACACCUCGAAGCAUCAACUGGUGCCAACAUCACAAUCAGAGAUACAACAACAACAGAGUCCAUGCUGUGGCAUUGAAAAUUUUUCAAAGUGGAUGUUGAAUUUGGUGGAACAUUUUUUCCUGCCUAUGUGCUUGAACCACCUGAAUGAGAUGAUAUUCCGCAAUGACCAAAACAACAACGUUAAUAAUGUUAGCAACAACAACAACAACCUCAGUGAUGAAUUCUAUGACAGAGUCAAUAUUACAAUAGUUGAGAAUGUGCUGAAUUCAUUAAUGUUGUGCUUAAAAACAUUACCAUCCCUCCAGUUAAAAUAUCAGCAUGGAGUAUUUUCUGAACCAAACUUCAAUAACAAAAUUGUAAAAUCAACUCUUAUAUGCCAACUGUUUAUUCUUAAGUCAGUCAAAAAGUAUGUUUCUGUAUGA